GCCAAUGGCAUCCUGGCUUGACUCAGAAAUGGUAUAGUCAGCAGUACCAGAGAGAUGAUCAUCCCUCUAUACUCAGCACUGGUGAGUUCUUUUCUGAUCUUAAUGAUUCUGCGAUUCUAUGAUUCCAAGUGUUUGUUAUCUGGCUACACCAAUCUGUUAGUCUAUAGAAGUUAGGACCCUGUGCUUUGCCCAUUUAUUAGCUUCUUUAGUAAUCACCCCUCAGUUCCCUCAUUUGUGUGCUGUAAAGCACUUAGAUCUUUGAUAACUUACUUUGUACUAUUUUGUUUUGUUUUCAAUAUGGGUAUUCAAAUUUUAUGACUGUUGGAAUGACUGCAAUCUUAGCAAGGGUAUCUGCUUGAGACUAUUUCAAUUACACUGCAUUUGUGUUUUUUCUUUUGGUAAUGUUUUCACACGAGAUGCAUAUUCUUCUUCCUCACUGAGUUGUUAGGGUUUUUUUCCUGUUUUUAUUUUGGAACUAUUGUUAGGACUUCCUUUUCAUGAUCUGUAGCCUCUUAGAUUAAGAUACUGUGUUUGCAGGUCUUUAUUACUCUGAAUUGGUAGCCAAAUAGUUAAAGCUUGUCAUGCGCUAUCUGAAAUUACGUACAAAGCCAAGUCAUUUCCUUUAGAUUCCUCUUUUAAUGUUGUUAGUGGAGCUUUUUAGCUCUGCUGCUUCUGCAGAGCUACUCUGCGGAAAGAAGAAAACACCUUACAUUUCACAAGAGUUGCUGCAUGUCUAAUAGAGGAUUUUGCAUCUUCCCCAUAAAAACUGGACCUAUCUGUGAACCAUGCUGAACAUUCUGUGGCACAAAAUCAGCAACAGAGCUUUUAUCUGAUAACAGUUGACAGGUUAUAUUACUCCCUGGUUUAGGAUUAGAAGAACGGGGGAAAAAAAGAUUAGCUCGCUCCUUUUGCGUUACUCAGUUUCAUUCUCUCUGGGUGCUCAAGAAUGGAUUUACCUUCAAGUGUCACUGUUACCUGGAACAUUUGGCACCAUAUGUGAGAAGGUAAGCAGGGAUUUCUGGGAGGUUUAAGAGGCAUAAUUAGGCAGAGUUGUGAAGAAGUGACUAUUCAGACUUAUUUUCACAGGUGACCAGUUGUUAAAUAUUCCCUUUAGGAAAGGGAGGCAGGGUCCAAAGUGCAUACACUUUACUCCCAGUGUAGAUGAGGCAACGAGAGAGAAAAAAAAAAAAGAGUCAAAGCUGUUCAUCAUCUCUGUUUUGCAUAAGAAGAACAAAGUCCACCCAUACUGCUUGUCCUAGUCAUAUUAAUCUGUUGAUUUUCGAGUGAUCUUUCAGAGCAGCAAACUAGAAGCAAACUGAGAACGACUUGCACGGUGAGUCAGUGCACUUCUUUUUAAACCUAAGAUAUUUUAUUAAACUCACUAACAUCUAAAACUCUAGAUAGCUUCAUUCUUUUCUAAAUAAGCAUAUACUUUCUCUCUCUUUUUUUUUUUUUUUUUAAUUUAUACUGAAGUACAGGCACUAUGCUUCUAUCAUUCAAAUGAGAUUAACUGAAAGAUCCACAGCUAUCAAGUAGUUAAAACAAAAAAAAUGUAGGCAUUUGUAAGCAAAUUCAAAACGUUUCUGCUUCUUUCAACAGGUUUAUACUUGCCCUUUGCUAGGAUUCACUUGAAAAGUGUGACAUUAAUAAUUUUAUUGAUUUCAAUAAGUAUAUUUUUCUGUCAAACAAGCGGUCAUUGAAAUUCCUGUCCUUUGCUUAAGAAUUGUAUGUCUUUCAGUAUUAUUUUACAGAGAACUAUCCUAAAUCAAUUUAAAAUGCAUCCUGAAGAUGAAAAGCAGAAGCGUACUGUCGAUGGAAAUGCAUAUGAGAUCGCUACCUCCAUCCAGGAUCAAGAUCCAGAAGACAAAAAGAAGGAAAAGAAGAAGAAAGGGGAAAAGCCUAAAAUGGUCAGCCCGUUAGCACUGUUUCGAUACUCCAGCUGCACAGACAAAUUAUUAAUGAUAUUUGGCUCUCUCUUGGCAAUAGCCCAUGGAAGCAGUCUCCCUAUAGCAAUGAUAAUUUUUGGUGACAUGACUGAUAGUUUUGUUACUUUUGAUGACAGAAAUUUUACAGGAAAUCCUUCUCUAAUGAAUUCCUCUUCAGAGAUUCUUCACAAGCUGGAAGAAGAGAUGACAAGAUAUGCAUACUACUAUUCUGCAAUAGCAGCUGCUGUUCUUGUUGCUGCUUAUGUCCAGACCUCAUUCUGGACACUGGCAGCAGGCCGACAAGUUAAAAAAAUUAGAGAAAAUUUUUUUCACGCAAUUAUGAGACAGGAUAUUGGAUGGUUUGAUGUAAAUGAUGCAGGAGAACUUAACACUCGUCUCAUAGAUGAUGUCAGCAAGAUUAAUGAAGGAAUAGGUGAUAAAAUUGGAUUGCUUAUUCAGUCAGAAACAACAUUUAUAACAGGAUUUAUUGUUGGUCUUGUAAGAGGAUGGAAAUUAACCCUUGUAAUACUUGCAGUCAGUCCUGUCCUAGGACUUUCAGCAGCCCUCUGGGCAAAGAUUCUCACUGCAUUCACUGACAAAGAGCAAGCUGCAUAUGCAAAAGCUGGAGCUGUUGCAGAGGAAGUUCUGGGUGCAGUCCGUACUGUAAUAGCUUUUGGAGGACAAGAAAAAGAAAUUAAAAGAUACCAUAAAAAUUUAGAAGAUGCUAAACGCAUUGGAAUAAGAAAGUCUAUUACAUCUAAUAUUUCUAUGGGUGCUGCUUUCUUACUGAUAUAUGCAUCAUAUGCACUGGCCUUCUGGUAUGGAACUACCUUGGUCUUAACCGAUGAUUACACUAUUGGCAAAGUUCUUACAGUCUUUUUCUCUGUACUGAUUGGAGCUUUCAGUAUUGGACAAACUGCUCCAAGCAUAGAGGCAUUUGCUAAUGCAAGAGGAGCAGCCUAUGCAAUCUUUAAUAUCAUUGACAAUGAACCUCAAAUUGACAGUUAUUCAGAUGCAGGCCACAAACCAGACCACAUUAAAGGGAACUUGGAAUUCCAAAAUGUUUUCUUCAAUUACCCAUCCAGACCAGAUAUUGAGAUACUGAAAGGCUUGAAUCUCAAGAUUCAAUGUGGCCAGACAGUGGCCCUGGUUGGUAGCAGUGGCUGUGGAAAAAGUACAACUGUUCAGCUCAUCCAGAGAUUUUACAACCCCAAGGAAGGCACGAUUACCAUCGACGGGCAGGAUCUUAAGAGCCUGAACGUAAGAUAUCUGCGGGAGAUUAUUGGUGUGGUGAACCAGGAGCCCGUGCUGUUUGCAACAUCAGCUUUGGAUACUGAGAGUGAAUCCGUUGUGCAGGCAGCGCUGGACAAGGCAAGAGAAGGACGGACCACAGUUGUAGUCGCUCAUCGUCUGUCAACAGUUCGAAAUGCAGAUCUUAUCGCUGUGUUUGAAAGCGGAGUUAUCACAGAACAAGGGAAUCAUUCUCAACUGAUUGAAAAAAAGGGAAUCUACUACAAACUUGUGAACAUGCAGGCAAUAGAAACUGAAGAUGCAUCAUCAGAAAAAGAUGAGAAUGCAGUCAGUGUCAAAAGAAGUGGAUCUCAAUCAAAUUUGGAUGAAUCCUUAAAGAAAGGACUGAGAAGAGGAUCGACUCGAAGAAGCAUGAAAAAGCCAGGAGAACCUAAUGAUACUGAUGGGAAAGGUAGUUCACCUGCUGAAGAAUUACCUCCAGUUUCAUUUCUGAAAGUGAUGAAGUUGAACAAAAAGGAAUGGCCGUACUUUGUAGCUGGAACUCUCUGUGCAGUUAUCAAUGGAGCUUUACAACCUGCAUUUUCAGUCAUAUUUUCAGAAAUUAUAGGGAUUUUUUCAGAAAAAGACGAAAAAGUUUUGAGAGAAAAGAGCAACUUAUAUUCACUGCUGUUUUUAGCACUUGGGAUCAUUUCCUUUUUUACUUUCUUUGUUCAGGGUUUUGCGUUUGGCAAAGCUGGAGAAAUUCUUACAAUGAGGCUUCGAUUCAUGGCAUUUAAAGCAAUGCUAAGACAGGACAUGGCCUGGUUUGAUGAUCCUAAAAACAGCACUGGAGCACUGACAACAAGACUUGCUAAUGAUGCCUCACAAGUGAAAGGAGCAACUGGCGUCAGAUUGGCAUUAAUUGCCCAAAACAUAGCUAACCUGGGAACUGGUAUUAUUAUAUCUUUAGUUUAUGGCUGGCAGCUGACCCUGUUACUUUUAGCUGUUGUACCAAUCAUCGCAGUUGCAGGAAUGAUUGAAAUGAAGAUGUUGGCUGGGCAUGCAAAAAAAGAUAAAAUAGAGCUGGAAGCUGCAGGAAAGAUUGCAACAGAAGCUAUAGAAAAUAUUCGAACUGUUGCUAGUUUGACACGGGAAAAAAGGUUUGAGCUCAUGUAUGGAGAGCAUUUGCAUGUACCAUACAGAAAUUCUGUGAAGAAGGCACAUAUAUUUGGGUUUUGUUUUUCCCUUUCACAAGCAAUGAUGUUUUUUACCUAUGCUGGCUGUUUCCGCUUUGGAGCCUAUCUUGUGGUUAACGGACACAUGGAGUACAAAAGUGUGUUCUUAGUGUUUUCAGCUGUUGUAUUUGGUGCUAUGGCAUUAGGACAAACCAGCUCUUUUGCACCAGACUAUGCCAAAGCCAAGAUAUCAGCAGCCCACUUGUUUGUGCUGUUUGAUAGAGUACCUUCAAUAGACAGUUACUGUGAGGAUGGAGAGAAACCUGUAACAUUUGGGGGAAACACAAGGAUCAAAGAUGUGAAAUUUAACUAUCCAAACCGACCGGAGGUCAAAAUCCUCCAAGGCUUGAAUCUAAAAGUAGAAAAAGGACAAACAUUGGCCCUUGUUGGUAGCAGUGGAUGUGGAAAGAGCACUGUUGUUCAGCUACUUGAGAGAUUUUAUGAUCCGCUCAGUGGAGAAAUUGAGUUUGAUGACAAAGAUGCCAAAACACUAAAUAUCCAGUGGCUGAGAUCUCACAUUGGUAUCGUCUCACAAGAGCCAAUCCUGUUUGACUUCACCAUCGCUGAAAACAUCGCAUACGGGGACAACACUCGGGAGGUGUCUCAUGAGGAAAUCGUUAGUGCAGCAAAAGCAGCCAAUAUUCAUUCCUUCAUUGACUCUCUGCCAGAAAAAUACAAUACUCGUGUAGGAGACAAGGGAACACAGCUUUCUGGUGGUCAGAAACAACGUAUUGCUAUUGCUCGAGCUCUUGUACGUAAGCCCCAGAUUCUGCUGCUGGAUGAAGCUACAUCUGCCUUAGACACAGAAAGCGAAAAGAUUGUGCAGGAAGCACUGGAUAAAGCCAGAGAAGGCCGCACCUGCAUCGUGAUAGCUCACCGCCUGUCCACCAUCCAGAAUGCUGACAAGAUUGCUGUGAUCCAGAACGGCAAGGUCAUAGAGCAAGGGACUCAUCAGCAGCUCCUGGCUGAAAAAGGCUUCUACUAUUCACUGGUCAAUGUUCAAAGUGGGUCUUGCAACAUGUAAAUUAAAGGCAGUACUUCUCUCCAAAGUGUCACUCUAAUUAUUUCAAUACUACAUAAUAUUACUGGUCAGUCUUGAUAUUUUUUUUUUUCUCCAAAACUAAAGACUUUUUAUAAAUGCUAUGAAAACAAGAAAUAACAAUCUACCAGUUUCUCACUACUAGUUUUCAUUAUUCAAACUACUUUACUGCGUACCCAAAGUAGAAGCUUAUUACACCCAUAAAAGUAGAAACUUGCUAAGCCAAAUUUAAUUCAUGUUAGCUGGCUUUGAAUUCUAGCAAAAUCAUGCUAUCCAGGCACAUCUGGUAAACAGUAUGUAAACAUGACUGUACACAUUAAAACCACUGUUGCUAUUGCUAGGAACAGGCCUUAAGCCUUAUCUUAACAGUGCCUUAUGCUGACUGUGUAGGAACCCAAUUAUGACCUAUUAGGCUUGUUAUCAACUUAUGAGAACUUGCAGGCCAACUGGACCUUGAUGCCAGAUAUCUCUUGUGGAGCUUUAUCUUGGGAUUACUGCAAAUAUGGUCUUGGAAACAUGGGUACAGGUUGAAAACCAAGGCCCCAGAACUAUUAAGAAGUAUCUCACUCAUGGUCACUUACUCAAUGUGGAAGAAAUGUGACUGUAAAUGCUGGGAAAAACUGCUUUAAAUAUAUUACAGAAAAGAAGCAGCAGAAAAGAAAUUAUAAUUACACAGCAUCAGCUCUGUGGUUUUGUAUAUCAAUUGCUAAUUUAUUAUAUGAAUUUUAAGAGUUAACUGCUUUGAAUAUGUUAUAAUAGCAAUUAAGAUUUUUACCAUUAGCAACGUGUAUUGUUAAUGAAUAUCUCUGAA